UUCAGGUUCGCGGUUGCAGCUAAAAAAAAGUUUAUAUUUAUUAGUAUUAAUGCUCCCAUUUCCUUAUGCAUCUAUAUUUCCGUAUGGAAUAAUUCAACAGCCUUUUUAACGAAUGGUUUAUAAAAUAAAAACGCGGCUCGUGCAAAACUCCCAAUGUUUACGCAUUCUUGAAAGAGAUGUGAACUUUUUGGAUAGUCUCUGCAACGGCUGAUGAACAAUCUGAACAAAGAAUUUACUGUCUUUUUCUUCCACUGAACUUUGAUUUUUAAGCAGAAAAAUUUUCAAACUUUUAACAUAAAAAUAUUUCCUUUUUCUUCAUCUAGAGUUUACAUCAAAGGCAAUGCGAACGUUUGUUUAUAUUUCAGAAAUACUAUCUUCGCUGGCUAUGUAAUGUACUUUCAGAUGAUCUACAGAAAACCUUAAGUUUACAAUCCAACAUCGUGCCUUUCCUAAAUAAAAUCCCUUUUGUCGUAUAAAAAGUCGCGAAAGAUAUCAAGAAAACUCGCGUUUUCCUAGAUAAAUAAAAGUGGAUGUUUAAUUUUUUUUUAGCCGGCUAGUAAAAGAAUGUGGAUAGUUCUUGGAUAGGUUCUUCGUACCUGCAAAUCAGUCAUGCCUCUGAAACACGGUCAGCCUCUCAAUCAGCCACUUUCUUGUUUCAAAAGUUCCAUGCCGAAAAGGGACAGGUCGCGAUCCCUUUGCGUCGAUCGCGUGACCCCUUUGCUCCCUAAAUAUGAUCCAAAGGGAACUCCACCUUUCUUAGGGAGAAGGGGAUCUGCAAGUGGUAUUGUUGGGAUAUUUCAUACAACCAACAUGUUGUUAUGGUGUCAUCCUGCUACUCUAGCGGAAUGUGAAUCUCCGAGCUCUUCAACUACAGACCUCGCAGCUCGACGUGGAGUGUUCAGCAGGAGAAGAUAUGGAUCCGUCGAAAUGCUUGCUUCCUGUGAUGGUGAAGGUUCAGAAAGUUUAGUUCGUCGAUUUCGAGUGGAAAAUGGCGAACAGGUGGAAAAGGACGAGGUUUAUGGGUCUCCAAGCACGCCUGUGUUGGAAAAUCCAGAAUAUCAAACUAGAUGGUACUUCAAAUUCUUCUUGGGAAAAUUGCACCAGAAUUAUGUAGGAGCGGACGCAGAGAAGAUUCCCUUUUUCUUAUCCGUUGUGCUGACCGAUGCAAAUUCGCAAGGUGUGCAGCAAUACAGAGCUAUACUAUGGCGUAAAACGGGAGCCCAAAAAAUUUGCCUUUCACAUUCUCCUGGAAAACCACUGACGGUGAAAUCAAUUUUAAGCAAUUUUCAAAAUAUGGACAAAAUUGAGAAAGGGCCUAAAGAAAUAUUCUCUCCUGAAAUACAAAAGGAUCUGUUGCUUCUAGAAGAACAAGAGGGAUCUGUGAAUUUUAAAUUUGGUGUCUUAUUUGCCAAAGCCCGCCAAACUACGGAUGACGAAAUGUUUAGCAAUGAGACCGGCACAAAGGAUUUCGACAAGUUCGUGAAUUUAUUAGGAGAGAAAAUACGACUGAAAAGUUGGGAUAAAUAUAGAGGUGGUUUAGACGUCAAAGGUGAUAUGACAGGGAAAUAUUCUGCGUACACAAUAUAUGAGGGCCAUGAAAUAAUGUUUCACGUUUCUACCCUUCUGCCUUACUCUAAAGACAAUCGCCAACAAGUUGAAAGAAAACGGCACAUCGGUAAUGAUAUUGUGAAUAUCAUUUUUCUAGAAGGUUCUCAUACAGAUCACGUAAAUUUCAAGCCGACGAUGAUAAAAUCACAAUUUACACAUAUUUUUGCAGUUGUAUCAUAUGAAAAGGAAGACGAUUCUUACAGGUUAUCUGUUUAUUCUGAAGAGUCUGUUCCAUUAUUUGGUCCAACUCUUCCAAAUCCGCCAAUCUUCAAAAACCAUCAAGAGUUCAGAGAAUUUCUUCUAGUUAAACUUAUCAAUGGUGAGAAAGCUGCAUUCAACACUCCUACAUUUGCGCAAAAGAGAGAAAGAACACUAGACAUGCUUAUCAAAGAUCUGUAUACAGAGCAUAUGUCUGAAAACCGUGGGACGAUGCUUAAUAGAAGAGCUUUCAGUGACGUAUUAUCGGAUGCUUCUAAAACAUCAAGAAGGAAAGAAGAAGCCAGACAAGUUGAAUUCGUCAGAAUUGGACAAGUAAGAAAA